AUGGCUUUCCUUUGGAAAGACAUUCUGGUGGAAACAUUCCUGGGUUAUGUUUCCUGGUCUCUUUAUUAUGCUCUUCCUCCAAUGAUAUAUUAUUUUCCAUUGCAAACAUUGGAACUUACUGGUGUGGAAGCUUUUGCUAUUGCUUUCUUCUCUCCAAUGUUCUUAAUCAUUGGCCCAUUUUGGAGGUUGGCCAAUAAGAAGUGCAUUCUGGCCUUGUUAAGGCUGAGUAUGAUUGGAAGUAUUGCUUCAUACCAAGCUCCAAAGGCUUACCUUCGACUUUUGAUCUUGGCCAUGGGUGUUUCUUCAUCAUUGGUAGUUCAAACAGUAACAUGGUGGUCUGGGAACUCUUUGCAAAGGUACUGUAGAAUCUGGGGAUUUAUAUUAGGAAAAAUUCUUCUUCUUGUUCUUCGGAUUUGGUAUACCUCAUUAAACCCAGUCUGGAGCUGUUCGACUUUCAAUACAACUAUAUUGAUCUUAGGUUUCACAGCAGCUCUUGAGCGAAUAUGCACAGGUGAUGAGAGCAAGAAACAAGAAGAAAAUAAGACUGGAACUACAGCAAAGGAAAUAAUUGAUAGACCGAACUGGUUUUUAUCAGGUGCAGCUUUUGGCAGCCUUCUGUUCCUCACCUACUGGAUUUUUGGAGAAGUCUCACUAGUUUCUAGAUGGGCUGUAAAUGGACAUCCCCAGCCUGGCCCAGAUCCCAAUCCACAUGGAGGUGCAGUUCUUUUAGGACUGGCUCAUGGGCUGAUGCUUUCUUUUUGGUCUUGGUCUACUCCUGCCCUUUGUGGUUGGUGCCUUAUAGGUGCAGCAGGAGCAGCUGGUCUGCUUGGCUUACAAACAUGGUAUGCAGCCAUUGCUGGUGACUUCCUUGCUGUCUUUACAAUGUGCAUGUGGCCUCGCAUGGCUGGAUGCUUUGCUAGCUGUUUACAUCCUGGAAAAGUCAUGAGUGCAGCCAUGCUCACGUUCGUGCUAGAAGUAUUCUUCUGUGUGUGGUGUACAGCUUAUAAAUUUGUGCCCGGUGGAAUUUAUGCUAGAGAAAGCUCCCACAUUCUUUUGGGGAUUAUCAUGCUGUUUAUUGUCAUAGGCACACUAGUUGAUUGCAGGAAAGAUCUUCACUGUCUAUUUGGAAUAACAAAUAGUCAUAAGCCCCUCUUCAAACAAAGUGAAAAAUACAUCAAGUUAUUUUUGUGGCUGUUUGUAGGUGUAGGCUUAUUGGGAUUAGGAUUGCGAUAUAAAGUUUAUGAGAAAAAACUAGGCCACGGACUUCCAAAGAAAGACUUCUCGGCCUUGAUUUGGCCAUUCAGGUUUGGCUAUGAUAAUAAUGGAUGGUCUAACCUAGCGCAAUCAGCCAUUCUGCUAAAUCAAACAGGUGCAGAUUUUAUCACUAUUGUGGAGAGUGAUGCCUCAAAGCCAUUCAUUGGCAACAAUGAUCCAACCAUGUGGUUAGGAGAAAAACUUGGUUUUUAUACAGAUUUUGGCCCAAGUACCCGGGAUCAUACUUGGGGGAUGAUGGUUCUGUCAAGGUACCCGAUUGUGAAAUCCAGACAUCAUCUUCUCCCUUCCCCAGAGGGAGAGAUAGCACCAGCCAUCUCCAUGACUGUGAAUUUCACAGGAAAACUGGUGGAUUUUGUGGUUGCUCAUUUUGGGAAUGAAGAAGAAGACUUGGACAGAAAGCUCCAAGCACAAGCUGUUUCUGAUCUGUUGAAGAUGAGCUCCAAUCAGGUUGGGUUUCUAGGAUACAUCACUUCAGCUCCUGGUUCCAGAGAUUACUUGCAAUUAAUUGAAAAUGGCAAUGUUAAGGAUAUUGACAGCACAGAUAAUGACAGAUGGUGCAGUUAUAUAAUGUAUCGUGGAUUAAUAAGGUUGGGUUAUGCUCGAAUUUCUCAUGCUCAUCUGAGUGAUUCUGAACUGCAAAUGGCAAAAUUUAGAAUCCCAGAUGACCCAACUAAUUAUGCUGACAAUGACAAGAUCACCAUUGAUCCCAGUGAAGUUUCAAAGGAAAUGCACUUCAAUUCAAGAUUUGGAUCCUACAAAGGAGGACACAAUUAUGAGAUGAAUCAUCACUUCCACAUGAGCACACCAAAAUACUUUAAGGAAGCUAGCUAGAAGGAUCACCUGCCAAUAUCUGUACAAAAGGAACACAAAUGACAAUGCACAAUGAUCAGAUUCUCCUUAAGCCUAAGGCACAACUAUGUUAAUGUUUUAUGGACCAAUUGAA